AUGGAUAAUCAAAAUAAUGUCACUGAAUUUAUACUGUUGGGACUUUCCCAAAAUAAGAAAAUCAGAACCCUCUGCUUUCUAUUAUUCUUAUUUUGUUACAUAGCUAUUUUGAUGGGAAACACACUGAUAAUGAUUUCUAUCACAUGCAGUCAGCUAAUUGACCAGCCCAUGUAUUUUUUCCUCAAUUACCUUGCAUUAUCUGACCUGUGCUAUACCUCUACAGUCACACCCAAGCUAGUCACUGAUCUGCUGGCAGAAAGGAGUGUGAUCUCUUACCCUAAUUGCAUGGCACAGCUGUUUACCAUGCAUUUCUUUGGGGGCAUUGAGGUCUUCAUCCUCACGGUGAUGGCCUAUGACCGCUAUGUGGCCAUCUGCAAGCCCCUGCACUAUGCUGUUAUCAUGAGCAGAAAGAGGUGUAAUGUCAUGGCCAAUGCUUGCUGUGCUGGGGCAUUUCUGCAUUCCUUUGUCCAGUGCCUCCUCACUGUUAACCUGCCCUUUUGUGGCCCUAAUGAAAUAGACCACUAUUUCUGUGAUGUGUACCCUUUGCUGAAGCUGGCCUGCACGGAUACACACAUAGUUGGAAUACUAGUGGUUGCUAACUCUGGCAUGAUGGGGUUGGUGACUUUUGUGGUCUUAAUGCUAUCUUAUGUUUUGAUAUUAUACACCAUUAAGGCUUACCCUUCAGAGAGCCGCGGCAAAGCGCUUUCUACAUGCAGUUCCCACAUCACCGUGGUGGUUUUGUUCUUUGUGCCUGUCCUCUUCAUUUACAUUAGGCCAGCCACCACUCUUCCAGAAGACAAAGUGUUUGCUCUUUUGUACACCAUCAUUGCUCCCAUGUUCAAUCCUCUGAUUUACACACUGAGAAAUGUGGAGAUGAAGAAUGCCCUGAGGAAAUUUUGGUAUGAGCUGCCUACAUACCAAGUGUAUGAGCCAUUGGGCUUGUCUUCCUUUCUGCAUGUGUCAACAAAAGAUUCAUGA